AUGCGGACAGUGGGCAGCUCCGGGGGCUCCGGGGGCUCUCUGGGGCUCGUGUCCCUCGCGGUGGUCCUUCUCUGGGUUCUGGAUGUGCGCUCGGAGCUGGUCACGGAGGUCCAGGAACCGCUGAGGACAGAGUCGUCUCUGCAGAAGCCGAAAGUGAUGGUCGCUAUUGUGGCCAGGAACGCAGAGCACAGUCUGCCGCACACGCUGGGCUGCAUCGAGAAGCUGCACUACCCCAAGGAGCGCAUCGCCAUAUGGGCAGCGACAGAUCACAACAUGGACAACACCACGGCCAUGCUGAGAGAGUGGCUGAAGAAAGCACAAAGCCUUUAUCACUAUGUGGAGUGGAGGCCCAUGGAGGAGCCCAAGUCAUACACAGACGAGUGGGGUCCGAAGCACUGGCCUCCCUCCAGGUUCGGUCAUGUGAUGAAGCUGCGGCAGGCUGCUCUGAAGGCGGCGCGGGAAAGAUGGGCCGACUACAUACUGUUUGUGGACAGUGACAACCUCCUGACGAACCCUCAGACUCUGAACCUGUUGAUGGGGGAGAACCUCACCGUCGUGGCCCCCAUGAUGCAGUCCCGCUCUCUCUACUCCAACUUCUGGUGCGGCAUGACUCCUCAGGGCUAUUACAAGCGGACUCCAGACUACCAGCCCGUCCGGGAGUGGAAGCGCCUGGGCUGUUUCCCGGUUCCCAUGGUUCAUAGCACGUUCCUGAUAGAUCUGCGUCGCGAGGCCAGUAAAGCGCUGGCCUUUCAUCCGCCUCACCCGGACUACAGCUGGGCCUUUGAUGACAUCAUGGUGUUUGCCUUCUCCGCACGGCAGGCAGGUGUGCAGAUGUAUGUGUGUAACCGGGAGCACUAUGGCUUCCUCCCUGUCCCGCUCAAAGCCCAGCAGAACGUGGACGAUGAGAGGGAGAGCUUCAUCCAUACCAUCACCGAGGCUUUGAUUGAUUACGAUAUUGAGCCCUCAGAGUACCUCCGUGUCCCACCCUCGCAACCAGAUAAAAUAGGCUUUGAUGAAGUAUUUCUAAUAAACCUGAAGCGGAGGCUGGACAGACGGACCCGAAUGUUUAAAUCUAUGUCUGCACUCGGUCUGCACCCAACACUGACUGAGGCAGUGGAUGGAAAGGCUUUGAACUCGAGCCAGCUGCAGGCUCUGGGAAUAGAGAUGAUGCCCGGGUAUAAAGACCCGUACUCAGGCCGCGUGCUGACCAGGGGAGAAAUCGGCUGCUUCCUCAGUCACCACUCAAUAUGGAAGCAGGUGUUGGAGCGGGGACUCCAGAAGGUGCUUUUGUUGGAGGAUGACGUGAGGUUUGAACCCAGGUUCAAGAGGCGGCUUCAGGCCAUCAUGGAGGACACGGACAGAGCCCAGCUGGACUGGGACCUUAUUUAUGUGGGCCGUAAGCGCAUGCAGGUACAGCACCCGGAGAAGUCUGUUGAAGGUGUAAAUAAUCUAGUGGUGGCGGACUACUCUUACUGGACUCUCGGAUACGCACUGUCACAACAAGGAGCAAGAAAACUAUUAUCAGCUCAGCCAUUCACCAGGAUGCUGCCCGUGGACGAGUACCUGCCUGUCAUGUUCAACAAACACCCCAAUGUGGAAUACAUGUCUCACUUCGAGCCGCGGGACCUAAAGGCCUUCUCCGUGGAGCCGCUGCUGAUCUACCCCACUCACUACACAGGUGAGCCGGGUUACAUCAGCGACACCGAGACCUCCACCAUCUGGGACGACGAGAGCGUGGCCACGGACUGGGACAGACAGCAUGAAGCCCGAAAGACCGCUCAGCAAGGCAGCAUCCGAGCCGUGGCCCAGAACACGGUGACCGGAGACAGCCCUCCCCCUGCCGCCCGGGCCUCAAGAGACGAGCUGUGA